GACGGGGAUCGGGGUUUCCAUGAGGCGGGGAGUGCUUGCCCUGUCCCCGAGGAUGAAAAUUUCCCAUCCCCGUACCCAUGGAGGAAAGGGCAAAUCCCAAGUUUGACGUACCUUUACCUCGAAUUGGGUCUGAGUUGAUCUUAACCCGACCUAAACUCGACCCAAGUUUGACGUACCUCAUCAAUAAUUCUCUGCUUGGUUUCAUGAUCCGGAUCCAUCUGGUGACGGUUUAGCAACGAAAAAGCAAACUUCUAGAUCAAUAGACCAAUCGAGACUCGAGAGAGACUGUACCGUAAGAAAGAGCGAAGGAAGCAGUGAACACUGCCUUUUAUAUCAUUUUAUUCCAUAAUAAAUAGAGAGGGUGGAUUCUAACGAACAAAAAGGUCUUACAGUUGCAGUGUUCUAAGUUCUAACUGCUGUGCUUUGGAGGCAGCUAUGGCUAAUUGGUUUUCGGCUCCACGUCCGUCCGUUGCUUCUUCCCCCUACCCGUCCAAGCUACCACAUAUUCCAUGCGUAAGAAUAUCGCGAUGCGAUCAAAGCCAUGACUUUCACCGCCUUCCUUUUUCGCUCAGAAUCCGUCUCCAUCGCCGGUCCAGUUGUAGCAGCGUUGCUAAUAGAACUUUCCAUUACACUGAUGAUACCAGCAAGAAACCUCGCGAAACAAGCGGAGUUCAGCUCUACAGUGAGAUUGAGAGAUUAAUUACUGAAACUGCACGGCAAUCCCAAAGUGGGUGGAGAACUUCAGGAGAUUGGAGUGAAAUUGAGGGAGCAUGGGUGCUAAAACCAAGAAAUUCAAAACCAACAUCAGUUGUCCAUUUCAUUGGUGGUAUUUUUGUUGGAGCUGCCCCUCAGCUUACCUACCGUUUGUUUCUGGAACGCCUUUCAGAAAAGGGAGCAAUGGUAAUCGCUACACCAUAUGCCAGUGGAUUCGAUCACUUCCUCAUUGCAGAUGAAGUACAAUUCAAAUUUGACAGGUGCCUUCGGUUUUUACAAGAGAUUGUAAAUGAUCUCCCUACUUUUGGCAUUGGCCAUUCUUUAGGAUCUGUCAUCCACCUUCUGAUUGGGUCAAGAUAUGCCAUCCAACGAAAUGGGAAUGUAUUAAUGUCCUUUAACAAUAAGGAGGCAAGCUUAGCUAUCCCAUUGUUUUCACCUGUCAUUAUUCCAAUGGCUCAAAGCUUUGGUCCACUUCUUUCUCAGUUUACAUCAUCACCAACAGUCCGCCUUGGGGCAGAAAUGGCUAUGAAGCAACUCGAAAACCUUAGCCCUCCAAUUAUGAAGCAGGUUUUUCCCUUGGUUGAACAACUUCCUCCUUUGUACAUGGAUUUAGUCAGGGGGAGAGAAGAGUUUAGCCCUAAACCAGAAGAAACCCAUCGGUUGGUAAAGUCAUAUUAUGGGAUUUCAAGGAACCUUCUUAUUAAGUUCAAAGAUGACACAAUUGAUGAAACCUCAACAUUAGCACAGAUGCUAAGUUCAGAUUCUGCCAUUAGUUCUCUACUGGAUAUGUCAAUUCGUUCAUUGCCCGGAGAUCAUGGGCUUCCUUUGAAACAGGCUCUCCCAGAUGUUCCACCAGCAAUGGCAGAUGCAGUAAACCGUGGAGGUGAGUUUCUAGCAAACCUGACUGCAGGUACAGCAUGGGAAAUGGUGGCCAAAGAAGUAGGCAAUACAUUGGGCGUUGACUCAACAACCCUGAGGGCAGAGAUUUCAAAGGACAUAGACCUGCUGGUGGAUGUGAUCACAUCUUGGAUGGUAUCAAACUCAGGUCGCAGACUUUUGAGAUCAUAAGAUUAAAUUACAAGGCAGCAAUGUAUAACUGAACAAGGUCAAUUGGGGUAAAGUUAAAGAGACAAGGAAGCAUCUCUGUAGAAAGAUAUAGUGCAAAUACCAAUCUCAAGGCGCUGAUCAUGUCUUUACUUUAUUCUAUUGCUAGUUUUUUUAGGCUAUUUUACUGCUAGUUAUUUGUCACAUACAGAGCCUGUCAACAUAAAUAAGAAAACUUCUCAGAUUGUUUCUUCAUAUUACAA